GUUCGCAGUAAUUCACACAAAGCCCGGGACCACCCAUGGGUACUGCGUCAUCUUGGGUGACCAGGACUUGCGAAGAUUCCUGCUGGAGUGGACUGGUCCAUUGGUUCCAGGUCCCACUCACCAAAGGCGACUUGGUCGUGAGUGGCUUCCCACGUCGAAGCAAUGGCAGCGCCAACGGUGUGUAUGCAAUAAGAGGAGAGCACCAUGGCCGUCCCGUUUUCGAACGGCUCGGCGGUGCAGGACCGUUCAUCUAUUUCUGGGAUGAUCGAGAUGGUGCAACCUGGUGCGGCUGGUGGCUUGGCCCCAUUGUUGGUGGCGCAGAAGUCUGGGGCUACAAUGCAGAGAACGCCCAUCUUCCUCCCUCACAAGGGUGGCGAUCUCCCUGGCAUGGACUGGAAAAUCCUCAGAUUCGAAUGUCGGUCCCUGCACGAACUGCCCUACAGCUUGAGGUUCAUCCAAAGAAGCAAGAGGUUGUGCCAAGCUGGCUGCAAGAGCCAGGAGACUGUGAGGCCUUAACAGAAGAUCCACAGCUCCUGCAGUGCUGCUGUAUUUGCUUGGAACCAUUGUGGGAUGCGGAGCCCAGUGUUUUCCUGAUGAACCUCGAGAGACUGUGCCCCCACUACUUUUGCAGCCAAUGUGCCAAGAGGAUUGUGGUGGAGCAAACGAGCUUGGGUCUACAAAACUUCAAGGAGGACAUGCGUAUUGCCUCCGUUGAUGGUCUGUCCUCUGUUCUUGACUCGCAGGGAACCCGGCUGGGCGAUUUGGUAUGGUGCGAGAAUGGCGCGCGUUUGACAGAUGGAGAGCUUUAUUUAGUGCUGUCACAGCUUGAGAGAUUGGUGGAAUUGGAGGUGGGCAUGGAGUUCCGACGCACUGAGGAGCAAGCUUUGGUUCUACAAGAAGGUGUUCUUUUCGGAUGCCUUUUGCAGCACGGUCGUUCUUUGAGGCGUAUUACUGCAGAGGAGCUGUCAAUAGAAGGCCUAGAUCGUGCAGUCGUUGAGCCUGGCACGGUGGAGCCCUUGCGACGGAGGUUUGUGGUUCUCCGGGGUGGAGAAGUCAGUUGCUGGUCUUGCGGCACCUGUUCCUUGGAGAAUACUUCCAGUGACUUCCGGUGCAAGCUUUGUGGUUCCCCGCCAACGUGCCCACAGGAGAUGCCCAAGGAACGAGCUUUGGGCCCUCACGGUGUGGCGGCCUUGAGGACACGCUUCGCCCUGCGCCCACAGCUCCAUUGGGCAGUGAAGCUUCAGUGUCCGCUCUGGGUGAUGAGUUGUCCAAUUUUGCUUGUGAAAUUUACCUUUCACAACAUUCCACAACCUUAUUCCAAGUUUAUUUGCGCAAUGGCAUGUAGUCAGAUGUGGCCAGCCCUUAUUUCGUCAGGGGAAGCACAUGUUUGUCCA